AGACCUAAAACUCAACCCUUGUUAGAAACGGAAAUGUUUUUCCAGCUCCUUCACCCUGUACCAGUGCAAAGUUCUUUUAGUGUUUUCAUCUUCUCUUAGGAUCGCCUCCUCUCUCAGUAGCUCCCCAAGAAGAGUAAUUCAAAUUCAUGAAAGAGUGAAAAGACUCAAGGCCCACAUCCGUGUCCUUUAAAUUGUGUUCCCUGCAUUCGAGCCCACACCCCAGUCAAACAACGGACAGCAGGAAAAAUCAGAGGAGGUGGAUCGGGGGCCAGCUGCAAAAAGAAGCUCCCUUCUCAGCAGCAAGUGCCAUGCAGUUCUCCAGCUCAGCCAGGGCAGCAGAUGAGAACUUUGACUACCUGUUCAAGAUCAUCCUCAUCGGGGACUCCAACGUGGGGAAGACGUGUGUGGUGCAGCAUUUCAGGUCCGGGGUCUACACGGAGACACAGCAGAACACGAUUGGGGUGGACUUCACCGUGCGCUCCCUCGAGAUCGACGGCAAGAAAGUGAAGAUGCAAGUGUGGGACACUGCAGGCCAGGAGCGCUUCCGGACCAUCACCCAAAGCUACUACCGCAGUGCGCAUGCGGCCAUCAUCGCCUACGACCUCACCCGGCGGUCCACCUUCGAGUCUGUUCCUCACUGGAUUCACGAGAUAGAGAAAUACGGAGCUGCGAACUUGGUCAUUAUGCUGAUUGGGAACAAAUGUGACCUGUGGGAAAAGCGGCACGUCCUGUUCGAGGACGCCUGCACGCUGGCUGAGAGGCACGGCCUCCUCGCCGUCUUGGAGACGUCAGCCAAGGAGUCCAAGAACAUAGACGAAGUCUUCAUGCUCAUGGCCAGGGAGCUGAUCGCCCGGAACAGCCUGCACCUGUAUGGGGAUGGCGCCCUCCACACCCUGGCCCUGGAAUCCAGUCCAGUGCUGGUGGCCCAGGGGCCAAGUGAAAAGACCCACUGCUCCUGCUGAGACAGCUCACGAGGCUGAGAGCGCCCACGCGAGGCCAUCUCCAAAACCAAAGGUAGCCCGGUCACUUAGUGUUUGCUGAGUAGCAUUUCAGGCCCAAGUGUAGACUCGCUGCUGGUCCUCUGUCCUCAGUUCAGACCAGAGGCCACAGCGGUUGACGCUGAGGACAGGGGACACCCCUGUCCUUCUUGAUUCGCCUUGGAUUUAAAGGCACAGGGCUAGAAGGAUAAGAUUUCUGGUUUUCAUCUUUCCCUUUUUUGCCCCCACAGCCCUUCAACUAACUGUGCUUCUACGGAAUUUUGCUUCUCACUUGAAGAAAAGGGUGGGGAGGGAAAGAGGACUAAAAGGGUGGGGGGACCCCCCAGAACCUGGAAUCUAUUUAUAAAAAAUUGUAUAUUUAUUCUUACAUGCUUAAACUUCAGUCACCUUCAAAGUACACUCUCCAUUUGAUGCAAUACACCUAUCGAGAUGUUUUUUUCACUGCUCAGAACAGUUUUGGAACUUGUCACUUUGGGCGCCUUUUAGUGUUUCUGCCGUUUUUUGUUUCACCUCUUCCACAUUGGCAAAAUGUUUCCCAUUAAAGACUUUUUUUCAACUGAGGAAACAAACAAACAAACAGAGUGUGGCUCAGGGUGAGGGGUCAAGUGAACGGGGAGGGGGGGGCACGGGGGUCAUGCCUUUUUUGGCCAAAAACUGCUGAACACUCAGCAUGGUGUGGGCAGGUGCGCACCUCAAUCGCCCAUCCUGAAGUGGGCAAACACAUGGAGAGUCUUCAAAAAAAAAAAAAAUUGCACCAAAGCAGAACACAGCCUCUCACAACAACGCCAGCUGGUGCGCCUUUACAGAUGGGUUCCUAGAACACUCGCUCAGCGGGGGAAGCCUGUACUAGAAGGGCCCACCCUCCAGAAAAUAAUUCCAGGUUUUGGGGGGUCUCCUCUCCUAUCCAGGUAGGGGAGAGGAUGUUUGGAACAUUCUGGGACAGUUUAAAACUGCUCAGGUGUGAGAGGAUAGGAAGAAGUCUGCAAUGAUAAGCCAGAAUACUGUUAACGCUGGCUUCCUGGCAGUCACGCCUCAGCGCUUUAGGGUGGAAAGCAAAGCCUUUUGACACAAAGACCAUCCAGACCUCCUGCCAAAUGGUCGGGCUCCACGUGAUGGAGACAGAAUUGGAUUUCACUCUAUUCUAGUUGGACUGAUUUGACCACCCUCGUAGACUAUGGGAGAUAUCUACCAUUCCUUUCUAAAAUACCAAAUUAGCUGCUGGAUAGAAAGCCUUCCUGAAUUGAAAUUAAAUUGGCUCACAGAUGGACAGCAAUCCAACGCUGGCCUUGCAGUGUGGCCCUGGUCACACCAUGUGGCCCCCAGAACAAGGGCACCACCAUUUUCCAAAGUUCCCCAGUGCUUGCUGCUGAGGUGCAUCUGGCAGUCACAGUGGGGACCACAGGGGCCGGUCUGGCCACAACGCAGCUCCAGGAGGGGAGCGUCUGGGGAGCGCUCUUUGGGCCGGGUGAGCGCCCCAGCUGUUUCUAGCUCGUCAUUCUCCAUUAGGCUGAGACCUGCGUGAAACAAACAGUCCCUCCUUACCUGGCUGCUGAGCACUUGAAGACAGACGCUGAGCAGGCCCUGAUGUUAAGGGCUCACACCCAUUUCCCUCCAUUUCUCUGCACAUCCGUCUUAUCCAGUACUCUGAAAAACUCAGCAGCUUCUAGGAUUAUGCACUCUGGGGAUUAUCUGGAAUGAAAAUAUUCCCACCAACAGGUCAGACAUGUGAGAACAAGGUCACCUGAACACCAGGAACCUGUGAUUAACCGGCUGUGACAGAAGCCCUUGAGAGGGCCCCCUUCUUUGGAUUAGGGCACCCAGAGGUCCCUUGCAGAGGGAGGCACCCGUGUCCGGGAGGCCACACAGCCUCGGGCCUGGCGUGGGCAGCUGCCUCGGGCAGGUCCCCCAUGUACCCGCAGUUAUUCAUGGUAACUGAAUCCUGGCAUCUUUCUCACACUCCCCAAAUGGUACAGUUGGAAACAAGUUAUACAAAAUGAAGUUACAAAAGGGACUUGCUGGAAGAAUAAAAAGAUUG